CCCGAACAUCGAAGUGUCGAAAAAGUCUGAAAGAAACGAAGUUUAACAUUAGAUUUCAAAGAAAAAGGAAUAAUUACUUGUUUUGGAAACGUACCGAAAAACAGCUUAACAAAUAAAAUUACAUAAAUGUGCUGGUCCUUGACUCGUUGUGCCAACUCUGGUCGUGUCUCUUUAUAGAAUCGGCUGAAUCGCUUCGAUGCACACUCCACCAUGCUGUUUUGGCGGUGCAGAUUUGAGACCCUGAGCGAAUCAUCACAGGCUACAAAGUAGUCAAGUGUGUCAUCAUAUCUACAAGAUGAUAUGCAAGUUUUGCUCGUGCUGGACCUGCUGUCAGAAACAAUCUCAGUGUUCCUCACUUGGGCAAACAGCAUCAAGUUUGAAUGGAGAAAUACUACCCCCUUCUUUAAAUACCCUCUCCUCGCGUUCACCCAUGUGAGUGUGGGUGUGUUCAAGAGGACGUCUUUUUUAAUUCCUAUUCCGCCUGGUGGAUUUAAUUUUUCCACGGAUGGAGCACUUGUGCUGGAUGCCUGGCCGUAUUUCCCAGGCUUAUAGGUAGGACAAAUGUAAUCUCUAUUCUUCCUUUCUGACUGCUUGGUGGCGUAAAUCGUAUAGUAUUCCUGAGCUAGGCGAUUAUCUGGAACUGUUUUCCCUUGCCGUUUUUGUUUUCUUUCAGUCAUGGUUCAUUAAAUGACUCAAAUAUGUAGAACGACCGCAGAUCAGUGUCUGUGGGUAAACAAUCGAAUUCAAAAACCUUUCAACUUUAAAAAACACUUUAAACAAAGUGCAACUAGACAUUCUUUAUUCUUUUUUUUUUAAACCAAGCCCUGCCGCCACAUCUCCUCGUUAACAAAAGAAUAAAGGAAGAUUACGUUAGAUCCGAUCGAUCAAUAUGAUUCAAAAAUCCUGGCGGCGAAUCGACCAGCCCGUCCAACGAAAAUCAGCUGGCGCUGCAGCAGCAGGAUCAGCACGAGCGUUCAAACGAAAUCUAAUUUGUGAAAAACGAAAAUGACGGCCAAAGACAGAAAGAAUUGUCCCUUUAAAUAUAAUAGAACACAAUUGGGAGUCAUUUGGAAAGAGGGGUAGAAAAUGGAAAUGGAUAUACACCCGCCAGCCGGUCGGCCGGCUAAAUGGGAAUAACAAUAAAAAACGGAAUUGUAACACGAUGGGAAAAAUAGCCAAUCUCUGCACAGAGCCCGAGAAAAGCCCAUCAGGAGCUCUAUAAGGACUCUGCUAUCCUUCCUUCCCAGGGCUCUAGCCUCAUCCGUAAGGAUCGAUAUUAUCUUCUCUCGUCUAUAAAGCUUGGCACAGCCGGAAGGGUAUUAUACCAUCAAGCGUCAGCCAACAACAGCUAUAUAGCACCUAGUAAUGAAAUUUCUCCUCUUAUUUAUUUGUCUCCUGUAAUAUAACUUUGAGUUUAUUAAAUUUCGUUUUUGAUGGCCCUAGUGUGUGCAGAAAAAAUGUUACCAGCUCAGCCCAGCACUCGUCUCCAGAGAAUGUGUCCCAAAAGAAGAAUAGACUGUUUUCUAUAAAUCCUUUGCGAUUUCGCAAUCUCGGUGAGUCCAGGUCCAUCCAUCCUUGGCUCCAUUACGUCACCAUCAAAAGCGAAAAGGUUUGAUGGCUACAUCAGCCGCCAUCGAUUCGGGACCCCUCUACAUCCAUCGGAUUGCAAACGCGCUGUCUGUUUUGGCGGCGGAGGCAAUUCGUUCCACCGAGCUCCUAUCCAGCAGCUCCUAUUAGAUGUAGCCGCAAGGUUUCCAUCCGUCCAAAUAUGGAUAGAUGUGUCUCCUCCUCCGCUUGCGCCACUCUCUGUGUGCGCGCGUUGUAUAUGCCUUGUGAUUGCAGCUAUAGGACUGUGGCCAAACAUCCAUCUCCUUUCAAGGUAUCAAUUCCGUUUCAUUCAACUUUUAGAUGGCAUCACUCACUAUAUGGGAAUCCAACCCCCUGAUCCAUCUCUCUUGUAUAUAAUGCCAAGAAAGAAGAAGAAGAUGUCCAUUCUAUAUAUGGAGGCUCAAAGUACGACUGUGGGGAAGAAGAAGAAUAAAAAAAUUUUUUUUUUCAGGAAAUCAAAAAAAGAAGAAAAGGAACGACGAUAUUCCUGUCAUGUCAGCCGGAGCCAAAAAGCUGACCCGACCGCAGAGUCUCGUCAGAUGGAUGUAUAUUAUAUUCCGGCGGGCAUCAGGCAUCGCCGAGCGAGAUCACAUAUAGUAGUAGUAGUGCAGCUGUUAACAAAUAGGUUAUAUGUGCUGCUCCCCCCCCCACCCCUCUUGUAUGAGACGCAAUCAAAACAGAUGAUCAAACGGCCCCUUUCUCCUAGCUAUCUACCAGAGCUGCUCCUUGCUGGCUGGAGAAAACUUUGGACAUUGAAAUAUCCUUUGACUUGCAGGAGCACCGGUGUCGUAGUAGUCUAAACCCCCUGGUUCUUCAGCAGCAGCACAACUAAACAUGACCCAUGCGUUUUGAUUGGAAUGUUUGAUGGGCUUCCAAGUUUCCACCGUAAAAAAUAAGAAAAAGUUGCCUCCCAUUUAUUUCCCCGUCGCUUUGUUCAAGUCACUCGUCGUGCUGUAUAGUAUAAACACAAACACACUGUGCGCAGCACACACACAUAUAAUGUUGUGUUUAGACGAUACCCACUGAGCGAUCCAUUGGAAGGAGUGGAGAAACUCGAUAGAAACAUUAACAGUCACACAAAAAAGAAGAAGAAGAAGGAAAUAACCGAAAUGUGUGCCAGCAGCAACCCUAUCGAUAGAUCAAAAGGCGCAUCAGCAGGGAUAGAUCGUACUCUACGUUUUCUUCUUCUUCCAACUGAUGUGCGCGCGCCACUUCAUUUUCAUCCAGUGGGUUCAUCACGUAUUCCGGUUACAAGUUUUUUCUUUCCAGGGCUGGGCAAACAUUUAUACAUCUCGGCAGAAGAAGACUUUUUGUGUUGAGUUGGGGGGGGGGGGGAAGAUUUUUUUGUUGAGGGAAAAAGGUGAACUCGAAAAAAGAGAAGGGGCUGUUGAAGAAUGAGAAGGGAGGCCGCUCAUUUCUUUCUUUUUCUUAUAGGUGGAUGGGGCUGGAAAGUCAAGCUAGAGAAAAAGGGAGGAGGCAAGCGAAAAAAAGGAGAUAGCAGAGGGGCCGGACCGUGUGGUGGUGGUGGCCCAGUCAGUCACACACAAGAGACGGACUGCUACCGCCGCUGAGACGGUGCACACACACACAUGUAUCCAGCGCAUUCGACAAGUACGAGCCGGAGCAGCAGGAUGAUAUCGUUGCAGCACUCCUCCGCCGCCGCCACUACCCAAAUUGUUGUUUUGUUCAUCAUCUUUCUCGGCCGUCCAGUCGACAGUCUGGGGAGUUGCAAGGAAGCCGGACUUUGCUGUACGGGACGCGACGCCAGUUGCGUCGUCCAGAAAACUCCGCAAAACGCCAUCAUCGAAGACCUGCGUGACACGCCGUGCUAUUGCGAUCACGCCUGUCUCAAGUUGAACGACUGCUGCCCAGAUUACCGCCAGACAUGCGGAGUGCAAGAUUGCCAAGUGUCGGAAUGGGGACCGUGGUCAGACUGCGACAAUCAGUGCGGUGCCGGCAGCCAGGAGCGGACGCGAACCAUCGUGACUGAGCCCAGUCGUGGCGGCAAAAGUUGUCCGCCCACGUUGCAGAAACGAGGAUGUCAGGGAACGUCGCAGUGCGGGACCAACAAAUCGACCCACCACAAAGCGGCUUUGAAAGAAAUGGCUAUGCUGUUACCGGCUUCGUUUGGUGCCAGCCGCCGGAUGAACGACAGCCACGACAUCCGCAAGAAUCUGCGCUUCCGCAACGCUGAGCUCGCCCAGGAGCACCCGGAAGGUUCCACCAACGAUUACUGCGUGACAUUCGAGCUGACCAAAGUGUCCAAGGCCUGCCACAAAGAGAAAGUGUUCAACUCUCUUACUGACGGCGGCGUCGUCUGUGUUCGAUGUGAACACAAGGCUACCCGUGACUAUUUGGGAGGCCGUUGCGGUGGUCACGGAGUGCCGGGUAGAAUUACCCGCUGGACAUCGCUGACCAACGUCGAGUGCCAUGGCAAAUGGCUCAGACGUCCGGAUGAAUCUCACGAGGUUUCCAGCUCGACUUGUUCGUGCGACGAGGACGCUCUGUUAAUUUUCGUUUAGUUCUCAACAUACGAGACGCAAACUAUAAGGAAACGAACAAGGAAGAAGAUCAAUUUUAAACAAAAUCUCCUUAAAUUUGUUAUGCUACCACAUUAAUUAUUUCUAUUUUUUUUUCUCUUUCGAAUCAUUCUUUUUUUUUUUACCUAAAAUAUUUGAUCUGAGGGUGGUUUAAUUAAAAAAACGCGAAUGAAACGAGCGAAAGCUAGAAAAAAAAAAUUUUACUGUCGACCCACCCAUCGAGUUUAAUGCGAGUGUGAAAAUACACAGAAAGGGAAAUUUCCAUAGAA